AUGGCACAUCUGACUUCUUCACGUCCGACUUUAUUGAUGAGUUUUUUUCAACUUCUUGAAAUUCGUCUACUAGGACCAACACCCGCGUGGUCUCGCACAAAUGGCGGUGAUACUGGUUUACAUCCUUCCAAUAUCCAUGAUUGCCAAUAUGCUAUUGGAAGUAUCAAAUUCACUGGUGAUACACCGAUUAUUCUGACACAGGAUGGGCCAAGUUUAGGUCGUUUUGUUUGUCUGGCUACAAUUGUUAAAGCUGAACUGUGGAAGAUUGGCCAAAUGAUCAAAUUCAGUUCUCUCCAAUUACGUUUGAUCAAGCAUUGA